AGAUUUGUUUGACAAUCCUUCUUGGAAAACUUGAGAGCGUGUGCUCUUCAGUUGGUGCAAGCUUCUAUGCUCUCUCAGAGCCCUUAGAGUAGCAAACCUUCAAAAACCAAAGAUGGGCUCAAAGCAAAGUGUACCCUCAAGGCGCCAUUCUCUCAGCACCUAUGAAGUCAUGUUCGCAGCUCUCUUUGCCAUAUUGGUGGUGCUCUGUGCUGGUUUAAUUGCAGUGGCCUGGCUGUCAAUCAAGGGAUCAGAAAGAGAUGCAGCAUUUGGAAAAAGUCAUGAAGCCAGAGGGACAUUGACAAUAACAUCCGGAGUUACAUAUAAUCCUAAUUUGCAAGACAAACUCUCAGUGGAUUUCAAAGUUCUUGCUUUUGACAUUCAGCAAAUGAUAGAUGAUAUCUUUCAAUCAAGUAAUCUGAAAAAUGAAUAUAAAAACUCAAGAGUUUUACAAUUUGAAAAUGGCAGCAUUAUAGUCAUAUUUGACCUUCUCUUUGCCCAGUGGGUGUCAGAUGAAAAUGUAAAAGAAGAAAUGAUUCAAGGCAUUGAAGCAAAUAAAUCCAGCCAACUGGUCACUUUCCAUAUUGAUGUGAACAGCAUUGAUAUUUCAGCAUCUUUGGAGAAUUUCUCUACGAUAAGUCCUGCAACAACUUCAGACAAGCUAACUACCAGCAGUCCUCUGGCAACUCCAGGAAAUGUCUCAGUAGAGUGCCCACCUGAUUCAAGGCUGUGUGCUGAUGCUCUAAAGUGUAUAGCAAUUGAUUUAUUUUGUGAUGGAGAAUUGAACUGUCCGGAUGGCUCUGAUGAAGACAAUAAAAUUUGUGCCACAGCUUGUGAUGGAAGAUUUUUGUUGACUGGAUCUUCUGGGUCCUUCGAAGCUCCCCAUUAUCCAAAGUCUUCUAAUCCAAGUGUUGUUUGUCGGUGGAUUAUACGUGUAAACCAAGGACUUUCCAUUCAACUGAACUUUGAUUAUUUUAAUACAUAUUAUACAGAUGUAUUAAAUAUUUAUGAAGGUGUGGGUUCAAGCAAGAUUUUAAGAGCUUCUCUCUGGUCACAGAAUCCUGGCACAAUUAGGAUUUUUUCCAGUCAAGUUACUGCCACUUUUCUUAUACAAUCUGAUGAAAAUGAUUAUAUUGGCUUUAAUGCAACAUACACUGCAUUUAACAGCAAAGUGCUUAAUAAUUAUGAGAAAAUCAACUGUAAUUUUGAAGAUGGCUUUUGUUUCUGGAUCCAGGAUCUAAAUGAUGACAAUGAAUGGGAAAGGAUUCAGGGAAACACCUUUCCUCCCUCUACUGGUCCAAAUUUUGACCACACUUUUGGCAAUGAUUCAGGAUUUUACAUUUCCACCCCAACUGGACCAGGAGGGAGACGAGAAAGAGUAGGACUUUUAAGUCUCCUUUUAGACCCCACUUUGGAACCAGUCUGCCUUAGUUUCUGGUAUUAUAUGUAUGGUGAAAAUGUCUAUAACCUAAGCAUUAAUAUCAGCAGUGACCAAAACAUUGAGAAGACAAUUUUCCAAAAGGAAGGAAAUUAUGGAGAAAAUUGGAACUAUGGACAAGUAACAUUAAAUGAAACAAUGGAAUUUAAGGUUGCUUUUAAUGCGUUUAAAAACCCAUUCCUGAGUGAUAUAGCAUUGGAUGACAUUAGCCUAACAUAUGGGAUUUGCAAUGUGAGUCUUUAUCCAGAACCAACUUUGGUCCCAACUCCUCUGCCAGAACUUCCUACGGACUGUGGAGGACCUUUUGAACUGUGGGAGCCAAAUACAACAUUCAUGUCUAUGAACUUUCCAAACAACUACCCUAAUCAGGCUUUCUGCGUUUGGAAUUUAAAUGCACAAAAGGGAAAAAAUAUUCAGCUUCACUUUCAAGCAUUUGACUUAGAAAAUAUUGCAGAUGUUGUUGAAAUCAGAGAUGGUGAAGGAGAUGAUUCCUUGCUCUUAGCUGUGUACACAGGGCCUGGUCCAGUAAAGGACGUGUUCUCAACCACCAACAGAAUGACUGUGCUUUUUAUCACUGAUGAUGCGUUGGCAAAAGGGGGAUUUAAAGCAAAUUUCACUACUGGCUAUCACUUGGGGAUUCCAGAGCCCUGCAAGGAAGACAAUUUUCAGUGUAAGAAUGGACAGUGUGUCCCGCUGGUGAAUCUCUGUGACAGUUUUCCACACUGUAAGGAUGGCUCAGAUGAAGCGCAUUGUGUGCGUCUCUUCAAUGGCACGACAAACCGUGGUUUGGUGCAGUUCAGAAUCCAGAGCAUAUGGCAUGUAGCUUGUGCUGAGAACUGGACGAUCCACAUUUCAAAUGAUGUUUGUCAGCUGCUGGGACUAGGGAGUGGAAACUCAUCCAUGCCAAUCUUUUCUACUGGACAUGGACCGUUUGUACAACUAAACACAACACCUAAUGGCAGCUUAAUACUAACACCAAGUAAACGGUGCUUAGAGGAUUCACUGAUUCUGUUAGAAUGUAACCAUAAAUCAUGUGGAAAAAAACUGGUGGCUCAAGAAGUUAGCCCAAGGAUCGUUGGAGGAAACGAUUCCCGAGAAGGAGCCUGGCCUUGGAUCGUUGCUGUGUAUUAUAACGACCAGCUGCUCUGUGGGGCUUCUCUGGUCAGCAGGGACUGGCUUGUGUCGGCCGCCCACUGCGUGUAUGGGAGAAAUUUAGAGCCAUCUAAGUGGAAAGCAGUCCUAGGCCUGCAUAUGACAUCGAAUCUGACUUCUCCUCAAAUAGAAACUCGGUUGAUAGACCAAAUUGUCAUAAAUCCACACUACAAUAAACGGAGAAAGGACAGUGACAUCGCCAUGAUGCAUCUUGAAUCGAAAGUGAAUUACACAGAUUAUAUACAACCUAUUUGUUUACCCGAAGAAAAUCAAGUUUUUCCUCCUGGAAGAAUUUGUUCUAUUGCUGGCUGGGGGACACUUGUAUAUCAAGGUCCUCCCGCAGACGUACUGCAAGAAGCUGAUGUUCCCCUUCUAUCGAAUGAGAAAUGCCAACAAGAGAUGCCAGAGUAUAACAUUACAGAAAAUAUGGUGUGUGCAGGCUACGAAGAAGGAGGUGUAGAUUCUUGUCAGGGGGAUUCAGGAGGACCACUCAUGUGCCAAGAAAACAACAGAUGGUUCCUGGCUGGUGUGACGUCAUUUGGAUACCAGUGUGCACUGCCUAAUCGCCCAGGGGUGUGCUCCCGGGUCCCAAGGUUCACAGAAUGGAUACAAAGUUUUCUACAUUAGAGUGUUUCCUAAAGCUAAGAUGAAAAUCAGGCAGUUUUCCCAUUCCACUUUAAGAAGCAUGGAAAUUGAGAGUUUUGAAAAAAUCGUUUCUAAAAGCCUUGAUUCUUUACCUAAGCCGCCGAAAUGCUGGGGGAAAAAACAAAAACUAAUCUUUACAAUACAAAGUAACUUUAAAAUAAUAAAUUUUGAUUUUAUUGUGAACAGUUAUUCUUUCACAGAUAUUAUUUCCUUUGUUCUUAAUCAUUUUUAUCAUAUUCUCUUAUUUAAAGGAAUGUUAUUUUAAAGCAUACACUUAAAGUUUAAGCAAAAUUAGGAGAAGCAAAAUAAACUAUUUGCACAAAGUAUGUUAUUGUUUAAAAUAGACUGUUGUAAAUUAUCUAAUUCCAGCUUAGAUCACUAUUAUAAGAAUCUCAAUCAUUCUCCUGCUUUUCUAUCCAAAUGCAUUUCCAAUCCAACUUGAGCACAUCCUUAAUAUUUUCCCCACUUAUCAAAAAUAUUUAUUGUAGGCUCAUGUCACAGACCUGAACUAAAUCGAUUGCACAAUGCUCUCAAAUAAGCUAAUUAAACAGCAAAAUAGCACAAGUCCAUAUAUGGCCCUUGUAUCAAAAUUAAAGCUAAAUUAACUAAUAUUG